AUGCCUUCAUUCCUCAAAGACCUGAGGCUUCGCCGACGAUCACGACAAUCAAUCCACACGACCAACACAAGCAACACGCAGAACACAAGCAGCAACACCUCCAGCAACGAUGGCACUAGCGAUGAACCACCCCAAAACAAAUCAACCUCGACGCUGAGCUCGUUCUUCGACAAGCAGCAGUCUCCGCAAGCCACCCUGGGCCCGCAGAAGUCAAGAUCUAGUAGUCACUUGGUGGGCAUGAAUGGCAAUGGCAGCAAUACACCACCGCCGAUACCGACCGGCAGUAGACCACGCCUGCCUAGUGGGCAGAGCAACCGGUAUAGCCUGAUUGGGAGUCCGUCACAGUAUGGCGAUGCUACAAGACAAUCACCAGCGACGUCACCGCUUGCGCCGAGGGUGACGAGUGUAUCGGAUGGAUCGUGGGUGCAUCAGAAAGUGCUGCUCAUAUCGGGAGAGUGUGCGGACAUCCAGCGACCUAUCGAUGGGUCUGUUGCAGUCUGUCACCAUCAGGAUACCUUUCCCGUGACUCAAUGGCCAGUCUCAGACUCGCAUUUCAAGGCGCUGGUUUAUCUACAACCUGGACCGAACCGGCUACGGCUCGAUUUCACGUCGCCGAAGCUCUCGUCGACGAACGGCCAGAUGCAAGUGCAUUCCUCAUGGAUCCUGAUCAAUUUCUUACCUCUGAUCUCCUCUCCACCACUGCAACUAUGCAUACUAGUCGCACGUGACUCACCAGCGACCUUUGAUGCAGUACCAGAACGGAUACAGAAAGAGGGUAAUGGGUUGAACACAGCAAUACGGAAGUUCAGAAUGGCAGCAUACUUGUGGCAGGCGUUCACAGCAGAGCAGAUGAACCGCAAUGGCUUCGGACGGCGAUGUUAUCGUUAUGAGGAAGAGUGGCAGCCUGGGACGUUGAGCUGGAGGGACGUGGAAACUGGCGCGAUGCGAAACGAGGCCAAGAUACAUGUUAUACGACUACCACAUUCGUUAAAAGAGAUACAGGAUCUGGACAUCGCACAGCAGUACGGUCCUGCGAAGAAGAAGGGCGAUCUUUUCAGCAUUGCUUCAGAAGCGGUUCGAGCAUAUUUUGGCCCCAAGCCCGGACAGAAACAAUAUGUGUCGUGCAUGUACUUGGACGCGCAUUGGGACAAGAAGGUUGGAACAGUGCGAGCACAUGCUGCGCUUGGUGGAGGUGACGAGACGAUCAAGCUGGCUAUCUUUGGCUCGCAUUGCUUGCAAUCAUAUCCUUCGCAUAUCGAGGAGGUUGUGCCUGCAUUUACUGACUGUACGCGGACGGAUACCGAUUACGUAGCUAACGACUGCAACGAGUCGGGUAGUAAUUGGGAGGCUGCGAACAUUGGGAUUGGAGCACAUCUACACGAGACUGGACAUCUGCUCGGCUGCCCUCAUCAGGAGUCCGGAGUGAUGUUGCGGGAUUACGUACGCUUGAACCGCACCUUCCUAACACGAGAAUCAUACUCUACACGAACGAAACAACAAGGGCUCCGAUUGUGCAUGCCGAAAGACGAGUGCGCCUGGCACAGACUGGAUACCCUCCGCUUCCGCUUCCAUCCCUGCUUUCAGCUCCCAGCGGACCAGGCCAUGAAUCCCGACCCCAGCGUCCAAGUCUGGACAGUAGACAACGGCACCAUCCUCAUUACAGCCGCAACAGGCAUAGCAUGGAUUGAGCUCUUCCCUGAGGGCGAUGACGUCUGCCAUCAUUGGAUAGAAUAUAUCGACCAAAGCAAUCCUUCCGGCCCACCACGACAGAUCACUUUGACUGAGCAAACACUACGAGAGCAAUUACCUGCCGAGAAGCGGAAACGGAAACUGAAGUUCAAAAUCUUCUCUUGCGGUGGUAGCGAUCACGAAGUAGAAGAUCUGGGACAACUAGCGAGUAAAGAAGGCAAGGUCAAACUUCCUGAUGGCCGAGCCGGGUUCAGGAGCUCAAAGCUGGGCUUCUCGCAAAUGGACAGUUCGCAGCCCAGCGAAAUCAUCAUCGGAUCCUGCCAAAAGCCUGCACGAUUACUGCGGAGCGUGAGGGUCUAUCAUGGGCAGAGUCUAGAUGGCAUGGAGUUUUGUUACGAGGACGGGAGGUCCGAGCUCUUUGGGAAGAGAGGCGGGCAGAGGGGCGGGAGUGAAUUCGCACUCGAUACGAGGAGAGGGGAAUUGAUAUUGGGCUUCUAUCUGAGAGCGGGGGCUUGGAUUGAUGGGGUGCAGAUUCUGACGUCGACAGGGCGCAGGAGUCCUGUGUAUGGGAAUGCUAAUGGUGGUUCUGGCAGCAAGAUGUCCGGCACAACACCCAAGAGAGUCGAGGACAUGACUCCGGAAGAGCGGCUGCAAUCUCUACAGGACUUCGCCGAAGAGAAAAAGUACGUACGACCAGGCGAGGAUGGCACGAUUCCGACAGGACCUUUGGCGAUGCAGAGCUUGGUCUUUGGAGGACCUAUGCCUUCAGGACCAGCAUAUAGCACCCCAUUCCCACCUCCCUCGUACGAGACUGUGACCGGGCAGGCGCCGGGCGAUCCAGCCACGAAGCAGGGCGUCUUCGGAAAGCUCAUGGCGAAACGACGUGAGAAGAAGGAAGAGAAGCGGAAUGUUGAACUUGCGAAGCAUGGCAGCUGA